CUCUGGAAGUGCAAAGCGCGACCAAACGGUGCAGACGAUUGCCUUGUUUGAUGCCGCCAGUGCCCCGUGGUGGUCUUUUACGUAUCAAGGUUAGCAGACGCUCGCCGAAGUGCACUUCUGUGUGACCUGAGAAUGUGUUCAGCCCGAUUUCAAAACUACACACGCCUGAAUUCGAACCCAUCUUCAGUUUCACCGCCGUUCUGUAUAAGUAGAAUGUGGGAGCACAGCGGCGCAUCACAAUUUGAAUGAACGGGUCGCACAGUGGAUGGGGAAGAAAGUUACCCAUCUGGAGAAAUACCUUUCCUAGGCUGCAAAGGAUCAAGAAAUCAACGAGCAUUCCCGUAUCAAUAAGUUGGUGUCUGCAAGACGAACGCGUUGACAAAGAGAUUGGACGUGCCGUGGGCGCUCGUUCCACAAUGUAUUACUCGACUGCCAUGUUAUCCUCACUGGUUGCCUUCAUGGUGCUGUUGCUGACGUUUUCUCGUUCUGUGACUGCUGACAGCGCAGGCGAAUUGAGAGAUCUCUUUAAGGAAAACAAAGAGGCGCUCGGGUUAUACCGUCAGUAUUUGCUAGUGAAAGGCGGCAUUCUGCCACCGUCUAGCCUUCCCUCGCACACUGCCAGUUCAGCGGAUAUCGCAAUUCCACUGACCUUCCGUGUCCAGUACGGGUCGGUGGCCAGCUACCGAAGGCUAGCUCAUUCCCUACUAAGCGUGCAACGGCUUGUGUCUACGAUGUGCUGCAGCAUGGCCAACUCGUUUCCCCUGCUCGGCCAGCCCUGCUGCGCCGGCAGCCACGUGGCGAGCGGAGCUUAUGAAACCCUCCUUGCCACUCUCACGGAGGUAGAGGCACAGUUUCCUUUGCGGUCGGCGACUGCGAAUUCCCGGCGCAGCCAAGCCAAUGCUAUGCCGCUUCGUGGUACGCCCCAGAGCAGCAGUAGACCGUCGUUCCCGGUGUGGCCCGGCCCACCGGCGGACCUAAUGCGACAAAUACGGACGUUUAACAGAGCAAGAUCCGCUCGAUCCGCCACCGAGCCAUCGUCGCAAUCCACUCCUACUAGAAGCGGACGGGCGGGCAAUGCAGUAGAUGUGGCAUCUCUUCAGACUGUGCUGUGUGAAAUGCGAGCUGCUGAUGCUUCAUUCUACGCGAGCAGUGACGUGAUGGGCACGGUAUUCUCCAGAGUGAUCCGGGCUGCUGAUCGAGCCAUUCGUCUAUAUCGGCGACUGCAGGAUGGAAUGAACAUCGGCAAUCUCUCCCAGUCGACUGCAACCGCGACAAAUGACGUCACAUGCCCUGAUAUGUCUGGCCGGCCCAUCUGCGCGAACAUCACGCAAUUUGGUAAUUCUGACGAGUCGAAGGGGGUUGCCUGCCGCCCUCUGCCCGCCCUUUCCGCUCUGCUGGAUACACCGCUGGGCACUGAUCACGUGAUGGGGAGUCGACUGGAUGUGCACGUUAUACGCCUGGCGGUCGUCCUCGUGUUUGCCGGGAAGUCCAACUUCCUGCUGGGUCAGUGGUUCAUGCCAAGGCAUGUACCGUUCCAAUACCGCUUGGCCAUAUUACGUGCUGAGUACACGGCACGCCGCCUGCUACUUCAGUCCACUGCCUUGUUAAUCCCUGUAAACGAGCAGUGACGGCUGAAAUGCUUCGCUGCGCGCACACGCCAUUAGCACGCACAUAUGCCGUGAACCUUCAUUAUCAAAUACAUCCCCUAUGUUUUGUCCUUUUCCUCGUUUCAUUUUGUUCUCCACCUGUUUUCCAGUAGGGCUGUGCCAAUAGUAAAAAAUGUACUCCUUCCCUACUUCCACGCCUCCAUUCUGUCAUACAUGUACUUCCGUACAUUCAUACAUCCAAACUUUUCACACUUACAUACUUUCCACACUUUCAAUACUUCGCGUUAUUUUCCAUAAUACUUUCCCAAUCAUUUCCGAUCGUUUCCAUACCUUUUCACACUUCUCCGACGGAACAGGGUGGAACGUAGGCCGGCUACGAAUUUCUACCCGAUCUCCCUUUGGGGCGUUCAUUGAGAUAUUAUGAAGCCGACACCUCUGGUCGGCAGAGCUUAAUAUUAUUAAUGGGCCCCACCACCACUCUACUGCAUUCAUUUCAGUGUGUGGAGAUGCCUGGAUUGUGUAGAAGAAAAGAUUGUGUAUUCGACAGAAUGAUGUCACCUCAAACUUCAUUCACGUUUCACUGGAAAA